AUGUCCGAAAGCCUCGGCCGAGAUUCGGUUUCCAUAUCACCGCCAGAUACCGUUACCGAUGAAGAGAACGGUGCCGUGGAGAAUGUAGGAAAUGGUGGAAAAUUCAUAGAAGUAAAAUGUGGAUCACUAACUGCCAAAAUGCAUGUAGAACUGUUCCUAUGCCCUGGCAUCCAUCAAGCUUGCAUUGAGUUCGAAAAAGAAAUGAUUACACCAAAGGAGUUCACAGUAAGAGCAAACAAGGACAAGCAGAAAGACUGGAAGGGCAGUAUAAGAAUUGGAAAAUCAAAUUUAAGAUCACUGAUGGAAAUGCAUUCAUUUGACUUUUUCAAUCAUUCACAUUUCUGUUCGGCAAAAUGUCAAAGUCGCAACUAUAUCACACCAAAGACAAGAGAUUCGGAUAAAGGUAGAAGGAGGAGUAGCAUUUCGCAGGCUGAAACGAACAGCGUUCAAAUAUCAGAUCUAUUCAAUUCAAGACUUUUUGCUUCAACCGGCUGUCGAUUUGAUGCCGGCACCAUUUCGCAACUGGUCGGAUUGAACAGUGCAUUGAACAACAAGAACGAUAGUAAUGUCACUACAAGCACUCCAACUGCUACUUCUACUACAACUAAUAAUAAUAAUAAUGUUAAUAACAAUAACAAUAAUACACUGUCGUUAUUCUCAUUGUCAUCACUCAAUUCUACUGCACAAGAUUGUACUGAAGAGUUUGUUGACGUGGAUGGCACAACUGAUGUGAAACAGGAGCCUCCUACACCGACCACUGAACAAAUUCUACGACUGAUGAUUACAGAACCUAUCUCCUUCUGGAACGAGAUGAACAAGUUUGGUUUGUUAGAUCAACUUGUCGAUCAGUUACUAGAGUGCCUCUCCAAUGUGAAAUGUGCUGCUAAAACUGGUGGUCUUGCAUGGGCAGCUCCAGCACUAACACGUGUCGUCUCGGUGCUGAACAUGGGUGAUCAACUAGUCAACAGCAUCCAUUCAAAACCAUUCGCAGAUCUUCAAUUGAACAAGCCACGAUUAUCGAUGGAUUCCGUAUACAACGGCAAUAGAAAACGUUCUAUAGAUGAAUCAUCUCAGAGUUCUCAGUCUCGAUGCUCACCAGAUGUCAAACGUCCCCGAGUACAGUACCCUACAAACGUGAUGACAGCUCUGGAUAUGGAUCCUCGCGUGCUACAGGCGCUGGCUCAAGCACAACUUCGUCUCAGCCACGAAACUGAAAGGGUGUUUAUGCAAAGUGUGGCACCCCUAACUAUUCCUGGAACACUGCCAACACCAACGUUCGACUAA